AUGCCACACGGUAACCGAAGCCCCAUCCGUUUGUCGAUGCCUUUGUCAGCCGACUUGGAGAAGACAAUCGAUUGCUUCUUCCAACAAACACCUCGUGAAAUCCAGCAUGAGCAACCCUGCCAGUCCAGCAGCACCAUUACUGAACUGAUUUCGCGAAUACAAUUUGGACCUCAUGCCGCCGAGAUGAACGCCCGCACUCUGGUAGCUCGUGUCGCACUCCGACAAAGUUGCCACUCACUUCGGCAGAUUUCGGCGCGUCGACAAUUCGCCUCAGCAUAUCAUUCAUACUCAUUACCGACAUCCACCACCCGCAAUGUCAAUAGGGAUAGCAUUCCCGAGACCCCGAUAGCCCCCCCAGAGGCUCUGCCACAGGUCCACGAGACACGCCCGCCACCAAGACAAGCAACUCCUGCAACACCGCCCGCCACUCCAGACUCGAAAGCGCCAGCGAAAGAGCCAGCGUCAAUCUCAAAGGCAAGCGAACCAGCAGCACAAAAGCCCAGAGCUACGCGCCCACGGCCAAAGUUACGUCCUCGGAAAGCGGCCAUGAAACUCACGCCCGCCGCUGUAGAGCAGCUUCGGUCGAUGCUAGACCAGCCGGAGCCCAAGAUCAUCAAAGUCGGCGUUCGUAACCGGGGCUGCAGUGGUCUGGCGUAUCACCUGGAAUAUGUGGACAAGCCUGGCACAUUUGAUGAGAUGGUCGAGCAAGAUGGAGUCAAGGUGCUCAUCGAUAGCAAAGCCCUGUUUAGCAUCAUCGGAACCGAAAUGGACUGGGCCGAGGACAAGCUGAACCAACGGUUCGUUUUCAAGAAUCCCAACAUAAAGGAACAAUGCGGCUGCGGCGAAUCCUUCAUGGUAUAA